AAAAAAAAAAAAAAAAAAAAGGCAAAAUACGGGGUUCAUACGAAGCACAUCGAUCCUUUGGGGACGAAACAAAACCUCGUGGACGUCGGUCUGUCAUGACUCCUUCACGUAUCUAUUCAUCGGAAUUUACCUAAAAACCGGUGUCCACUAUCCAUCCCCUAGGCAAGGGAAACUCCUUUUGUAUAGAACUGUUUCAACGAGCCCGGUGAUUGAUUUGAGGAGGCUAGUUAGCUAGCUAAGCUAGCUAGCUACUCUUUCUUUUUAUCUAUCUAUCUAUCUUGCAUCUAAUCCAUCAAUCACUCAAUCAAUCAAUCAACCAUCCAUUAGACAAACUUUUGGUUUAAUUCGCAAGGACAAGCGGGGUUUUUCAAAAUGUGGGAACAAACAUCACAGCUGAUUUCUUUCUUUCUGGUUUUGAAUUCGAUGCUUCUCUCAAUUAUUUAUUUAUUUACUUAUUUUUCUUUGGGACAUCUUGAUUAUCUUGUAUUUACCUACCUUACAUAUCUUCUCUUCAUUCUACCCUCACAUCUCAUCUCAUUUCAUUUCAAACUGGUUUCUCUUCCAUUGUGCUUGUGCUUGUGCUCAUAAUACGAUCUGUGCAUGGGUCCUCCCUAGGUGGCGAUACAUGAUUGGACAAUAUAUACAUACUUACGUACAUAUAUACAUCACGUUCAGAUGUUCCGCA